CCAUCGCAUCACCAAUCACACAAUAACAAUAACAAUACACAAUCUCGGCCGCCGCCGCCGCUGCAUUCUCAUCCCGUCCCGUCGCGCACAUCUCUCUUCUCGCUCACCACCGCCUACCUGCAUUUUAUUAUUCGUGCAUUCGCUCGGGUCGUCGUCGCACUCCCACCUCUCUCUUUUAUAUACACGCUUAUAUAUUUUACUGUUUGCUCGCCGCGCGUUUUCAUCGCGUCCAGUUGACCAAACCAACCGACGACAACGGCAACGACGACAUCGACAUAAACAACACGGCAGUAUUAUUAGUGUUACAUUAUUAUUAUUUAUAUUAAGCAAACAAACCGAAACCGGCGAAAUGCGAUAAAAAUGUUGGCCACCGGUACCGCGUUCCGCGUCGCGACGGUCAUGCUGCUGUUCGUCGCGACCGCGCGAUCCGACGGCGGCCCCGUCCGUCCGGUGGGCCCGGACGACCUGGGCUAUCUGGCCAUGAUGACCGCCUCGGACGAGGACGACGAAGCCAACGCGGCGGUGGACAAGCCGCAGGACAAGGACGAGGCCAACGGCGGAUCUCUGUUGUCGUUCAGCGAAGACGCCGCCGACGCGACCAAGAGGUUCAACUGUCUGUCGUGCUCGUCGCAGGAUGCGUCCAAGUACGACUGCAAAGAAGAAACGGCCUGCGUCCGCGCCAUCAAGUGUUGGAAAUCGAGGGUGCGAGAGGACGGCAUCGAACGCGUAAGCCGAGGAUGUGUGACCAACUCGAAGCAAAUACACCCUUGUAUACAGUCGGUUUCGUCGCACACGACGUACUCGGCCGAAGCCGGUAUCCGUCAAUACAUUGUAGAGUGUUGCGAGGGCGACAACUGCAACGACGGCGAUUUCCCUACCCUUCCGGCGGUCGACAUUGACAACAAGUUCAGAGAAAACAUUGUCGAUUCGGAAAGGCUGAAACUAAUGUUUGCCAUAGUGGCUCCCGUAGUUUGUGUGCUCGUCAUGGCCGUGAUCGUCGUGGCCAUUAUGCGUCGCAACCACAGAAAACGCUUGAUAUCCGCAUCGGCGGCAGCGGCCGCUUCGGCUAGAUUCGACAUGGAUCCGUUGGACAGUCACUACUACACCAUGGACCUGUUGCGCGAUCACGUUCAACCGGACGGCGGCGGCGGCGACGACGACUACAUUACCAAUGAACAUUCCAUGACGUCCGGCAGCGGUUUUGGUUUGCCGUUGCUCAUGCAACGCACGUUGGCCAAACAAAUAACGCUGUUGGACCUGAUCGGCAAGGGUCGGUACGGUGAAGUGUGGAAAGGGCUGUGGCACGGCGAACACGUGGCCGUUAAAAUAUUCCUGUCCAAAGACGAAUCGUCGUGGCGGCGAGAAACCGAAAUUUACAGCACCGUGUUGUUACGCCACGACAACAUACUCGGUUUCAUCGGUUCCGACAUGACGUCGUACAACUCCACCACUCAACUGUUACUGAUCACGCACUACCACAAGAACGGCUCAUUGUUCGAUCACCUAAACAACCCCAGUACGGCUCCGCUCACGCGCGACCAGAUGCUGAAAAUCUGUUUUACCACCGUCAACGGUAUCGUUCAUUUGCAUACGGAAAUAUUCGGCACUCAGGGUAAACCGGCCAUCGCACACAGGGAUAUCAAAAGUAAAAACGUUUUGGUGAAAAACAACGGAGCGUGCGUUGUAGCCGAUUUCGGUAUGGCCGUCACGCAUGUACAAAAGACCAACGAGAUGGUGAUGGCGGCCAAUCCGACUCGCGUUGGCACCAAACGGUACAUGCCGCCCGAAGUGCUCGACGAAUCAAUCAUCGAAUGCUUCGAGUCGUUCAGACGGGGCGACAUUUAUUCGCUGGCUCUGGUUUUGUGGGAAGUGUGCGCUCGGACCGCUUGCAACGGACUGUUAGACGACCUGGACUACAAGCCUCCUUAUCACGACCGGGUGGGCUACGACCCGGGUUUCGACGAAAUGCGCAAAGUCGUGUGCACAGAACGUAACCGUCCGUACGUGCCCAAUCGCUGGUGGUCAGACCCUAUUUUGAGCGGCAUGGCCAAAUUGAUGCGAGAGUGUUGGCACCCGAACCCCAACGCUCGACUGCCGGCGUUACGCGUGAAAAAGACUAUCGGCAAAUUAUGGUCUUCGUUGUCUGCCGUGUGAUUGUUUUUUUUUUUUGCUAGAAGUAAAUUCAAUCUAUUUUUUUAACAUGUGUAUUAAUUAUGUACAAAAUAACGCGCGUUAAAAUUAACGAUAAAAAUUACAAUAUUUACAUAUUAUUUACUACGCUUGACAACCAGUAAAAAUUUUGUGCAAAUUUUAGUCUUCGUUAACUACUUAUAUGAUAAUAUAAAAUAUGCAAUUUUUUUUUUUUUUUUUGACGCCAAGUUAAGAAGAUUUUUUUUAUUCUAAAAGUCGCGAUGAUUUCGAGCUUUAAUAACUGAUUAUAUUAAAUAAUGUUGUAUGUAUAACUCUAGAUUUUAACGUCACAAAGGUGUUCCUAUUACGAACGAUAAAAUAAUAACUCUAAAAUAAUACUAUAUUAUCGUCGUUGAUAUCGUCCAAGCGGGCCAAUCCCAUUUAAACACAUAAUAAGCUUAUUUUUUUUAUACUUAAUAUAUAUAUAUAUAAUAUCCUAAUAUUUGAAAUUAUGUUUUUUUUUUUUCAAUAGGAUUAACGUGUGACUUUGUAUUAAUAUUGACUAUAUAUAUUUUUUUUUAUUAUUAUUUUUACUAACGCGUACCUUAUUUUUUUUUUUUUUUUUUGAGACUAAGUUUCUUUUAAAUAAUUACACUAUUAAUGUGUACGUUAUGAUUCGAUAGUUAAUUUAUUUAAAGAACGACACUGAAGAGUUUUUAAAAAAGUAUUAUAAUUUUACGUAUAUAUAUAUA